AUGGACGGGGCGAUACGGCGGCCGGCCAGCAUCCUGACUAGCGGGCUGGUGGAGGUUGGUGUCCGGGCCUCGAUGCUCCAAACACUGCUCGUUUUCUCCGCUUUCGGGCUGCUCCUUGGACUGCCCGCUGUCACCGAGGCGACAGAAUGCGACAAACCGUGCGUGAAUGGGCAAUGCAACACGUCUACGGGCAACUGUGUGUGCAGCCCCGGCUGGGUCGGGGACCAAUGCCAACACUGCGGAGGAAGGUUCAGGCUGACGGGUCCCUCAGGGUUCCUGACAGACGGACCAGGGAACUACAAGUACAAGACCAAGUGCACCUGGCUCAUUGAGGGAAGGUCAGUUUAACUUUAGACUAAUAGCACAACAACAGCAUGCCUGUACCCUGCACAAUGUCACCGAAAGCCCAAUCUACAGUCAGUGUCAGUUUAUUAGGUACACCACCCUGUUCACCCAAAUGGUUGGCUCCUACAGACGGUGAGUCGCGUGGCUGUAGCUUGCUGUAUAAAGCAGGCAGACGGUGAGUCGCGUGGCUGUAGCUUGCUGUAUAAAGCAGGCAGACGGUGAGUCGCGUGGCUGUAGCUUGCUGUAUAAAGCAGGCAGACGGUGAGUCGCGUGGCUGUAGCUUGCUGUAUAAAGCAGGCAGACGGUGAGUCGCGUGGCUGUAGCUUGCUGUAUAAAG